AUGGAUGCGGAACCUGAGUUUCUUGAAGGUAAUGCAAAUGAUGUUAUACUUGAGAAAAUCCAACUCAAUGAAAAAGAUAUAUCCAUGAUACUAGAGGCAGGAUACAACAUUGGUGAAAUUAAAUGUAGUAAAGGGAUAGCAAUGCCAUUAGAUGACAUGGAACCUAUUGAACUGGAAUUACAAGAUGAAGAAGGGCAUCCAGAUGAUGUUGAGGUUUUUGGAGAUGAAGCAGCUAAUGAUGUAGGAAAUAAACCAACUAAUGAUGUAGAAGCGGAAGCAGGGAAUGAAGCAGCUGCUGAAGGAGUGGAUGAAGGACAAGAGGAAACUAAUGAAGGAGUCAAUAACUUACCUGUGUAUAGGAAAAGGAUACCUUAUGAGAGGGUAUUGAAGAUUAAGUUGAAGAACCCUGUGUAUGACAAAGAUGGUAGUGGUUCAAGUGCUACCAAGCCUGUCAGUUUGGAGUAG